CUAUGCUUACCAAUCGAUCAGACCGUUCAUUCACCAGCAUUGCACUAUUCGGCGUCCCAGCAUCGCUGGCCUUUGGCUUCGGAGCCGUCUAUAUGAUCUGUGCCGUUGGAGUUUACGUUUAAAGUUCCAGUUACCUCCUCUGAUACCCAUGUACCAUAUACUGGAAAGUUGAGAACACAAGAAAAACGAAGCAUAUAACUACACCACCUUUGUCUCCCUCUCAUUGCACUCCUCAUAUAACCUAAUCCACAACCACAUCGUACCGCUGCCACCGCGCUCAGUCCGAGCAGACAACCAUGGUGGACGUGGAACCCAUCUUCACCGCGGUCUCCAGCAACGCCCACCACCUCUACACUCUCCUUCAAUGCAUCGGAUUCGCACCCAAGGCCUCGGUGCAGCUCACGCCCGAUGGCAUCCGCUUCUCCGUGGAAGAAACCCGAACGGUGCAGGGGCUUGCAUUCCUCGACAAAGCCCUCUUCACCAGCUACACCUUCAAUCCACCACCACCACCACCACCACCACCACCACGAGCCGCUGCUCCCACCCCCGACGAGCAUAACCACGAUGACACCGAUUCCCCCACCACCGACCCAACACCCUACUACCCCUGCUUCGAAAUCUCCCUGACCGCCCUCCUCGAAACCCUCAAGAUCAUCGGCAUCAACGACAGCUCCACCACAUCCGGCGGCAGCGGCUCCUCCCGCGCCGGCAGCGUGCAACCGGGCCCCUCCCACAGCGCCUUCACCACCCCCGCCCUCCUCCUCGACCGCUCCUGCACCCUCCGCUACGACACAGAAGGCAGCCCGCUGAGCAUCACGCUCACCGAGACGGGCAUCAAGACCAUCUGUGAAUUGACCACGUACGAGCCCGAAGGCGGCGAGGUCGAGAUCCCGCUGCAGCGCGACGCGAUCAUCAUGAAGAUCAUCAUGCGGUCGGCCUGGCUGCACAACGCCAUCACCGAGCUGGCGGCCACGAACCCGGCCACCCUCCGGAUCUCGGCCUCCGCCACCCAGGAGCCGUUCUUCGCCUUGUCCGGCGCCGGCGGCUCGUUCAGCGAGUCCUCCGUCGAAUUCUCCGUCGAGAAUCAGACCCCCACCAUCGCCUCCGGUGCCGCGGCUAAUGAUGGCCAUGACGAAGGUGCCUCCCGCGCCAAAAGAGCCCGCCUCGCCCCGACAGUCACCGAGACCUUUUUGGUGAGCCCCCUGUCGUCAUCGUCGUCGGGGGGCUCGCGCAUCCGACAGGAUUACAGGUUCAAGGCGGUUCAGAAAGCGAGCCGCGCGAUGGCGGUGGCCAAUAAGGUCAGUAUCCGGGGCGAUCGGCAGGGGGUGCUGAGCUUGCAGUUCAUGAUCGAGUCCGAUGUCCAUGCUGGGAAUAUCAGUGGGGCCAAGUUGUCGGCCAGAGGGGGGUUGGCGCCCGUGGUCAGUUUCGUGGAUUUUCGGUUCGUGCCGUUGCUGGAUGAUGAGGAGGUUCUUUGAUGGGAAUGGGACGUUUCCCCCUUGUUGCUUGUGUGUUGUCCAGCGUUCUUGACGAAAGAAUAGUGUGAAGGAAAUACCGAUGAUGUAAAUGAACUGCAAUUUUUCCCUCUUACGCCGGCAUAUGCUUUCUGCUAAUGUAUGCGUAUGAUGUACAUAAAGUAA